GAUGCAGGAAUUGGUUGAAAUCCUUGAAUCUGGUUAAAUUGAAGUCAACAGCAAACAGAAAAGUCUUCAACCUCUCAGAAGCCGCGGUGGUUCUCGGUUGUGUUUACGUUGUUCGGAGACCGUAUGAUACAAAGUUUGGUCUCUCUGACUCUCCGUAGAGAGGUGGAGUUGUCACGUGACUGCGAUUGCGAAAUUCCUGUAACAAACAAAACAAACGACAGCUGAGCAGCGGACGGGGCGACGUGUUAACGUCGUACUUUAAUCGCGUGAGACCACAGCUGAACACAUAGUUAGAUCAGGUAGAUAAAUGACUGAAUCACGAGCUGAAAGCUGUUGGCGUAAGCCGAGUUGAGCCUUUGAACGUCUUGUUUACGUUCGCGACGCGGAGUUUCAUCAGCAGGGUUUCGUUUUAGGAACAUGGAUCCUCUAGAUGCGUCUCCGCUCGAACACAUGCUAGCUGUUAGCGCGCUGCGCUCCGACGGAGACCUUUCUCCGCGUGUUUACGACCCGUGACUCGAGUGUUUAUCUCGUCCACGCAGCCGGACACUCGCUUAUCGCGCGCAGACCUCGCGCACUAAUCCAGCUGCUGGUUUGUUUUGCGCCUCGUUGACGCGCGAGGACAUGUGACGUCAGUCGCUCCGCGUUGAGACUCGGUCAGCUGCACGUGGAGAUCAGGAGAACAAGAGAGAGACGACAUUAAAGAUGGAGGCUGCGAGACCAAAGAAGACCAGAGCAAAGACCAGAGGGACACACCAGCUGGCCAGGAAGCAAAAGCAGGCAGAGGAAGACCAGAGAGCCGGAGCUCCCUCCUCCGAGGCCCCCGCCUCCUCCGAGGCCCCCGCCUCCGGCUUCACCGACGUCCCCCUCAGUUUGCCGUACGAGGAGCCGGUGCCGGAGCGUCCCUCUGAGGCCACAGCGCGGCCUCCAGUUCUUCCCUGUGAGACGCGGCAGACCUCCUCGCCACAGACUUUAUCCACGUCGGCGUUAACUGAGACGGCGCCUCCGUCGGAGUCAAACCGCGAGGAAGAGGAGGCCGGAGGGGCGGGGCUGAAAGUUGCAGCGCAGACCGCCGAGUUCGAAGACGAUGCGCAGUCGUGGAGUCGGCCGUGGGUUUCAACUCUGUUUCAGAUCUCAAAUGCCCCGAGCGCCCCUGCACUGUACCCCUCGCUCCCCACGCUGGACGAGGGCUCUGCGAUGCAACUCUGCGAGGAAGCGGUGAAGAAUAGUGAAACGGGACCUGCAGUGCUGGCGCUUCCGGAGCAGGAAUCUUCCCCCCCAAGUUUGCAGCUUGUGGAUUCUGUCGUAGAACUUUCUAGAAGCAAACUCUACCCAGAAUUACCCAAGACGGCUCCAGAAAUUCAGCCCUUCUCGCUGGAGCAGCUGAGUGUUUGGGAGCCCGCUGGAGGUUUGCGGGCUUGGCUGGAGGGUGUUGAAGUGUGUGCCGCCCAGUUCUGUGCUCUCGCCCGGCAGGAGAACCACGAACUCACCGAACUUCUGCAGAACUACUGGCGCUGUCGUAGGCAGCUGACCCAAUCCCACACGCUGCUACAUACCCAGUCCUCCGACUGCAAGAGCACACAGAAUCGCCUCUGGAGCUUCAGAGACGAACAGCUCACUCUCCAGGGUGUGUGUGCAGACCAGUCCAAGGUGUGUGGCUACCACCGCUUCCAGCAGGCGGAGUUCAGUCAGAGUGUGCUGGCGGAGCUGAGCAGGCUGCUCGAAGCUCGCCGUGAACUGCUCCACCAGAAGGUGGCGCUGCACGCGUACACUGCUCUGCUGUCGCGCCUCCAGGUGGAAUCAUACCUGCACCGUCUCCUGAAAGAUUGUUCUGGCAGCCCCUUGAAAGAGGCCAUCGGUGUCCUGUUCAGCUUCACUCGGAGAGUCCUGGACGACACUCAGUUCCAGACAGACAUCCAUCACUGGCUGGAGAGAUUGGUGGCAGUCCUGCUGCAUGUGGGAGGCUCAGGAGAGCACCUGUACCUGCUGGGUCAUCUUCUCUGCUGUCCUGCCGGGGUUGGAAAGUGGGCCGCACCCUUCCUUCAGAUCCAAGUGUGGGGGAACGCCUGCGGAGUGCUGCCCUUUAUGCAAGCUCUGGCCAUCCUAAUGUCGCCCUCAGGACACCGGGCAGAGUUUCUGGGACAUCUGAAGCCGUGUGAGAGCCAGAGCUCGGCAGCUUCCGGACCGGAGUCUGGGAACUGGACUCUCGUUGAUGAAGCGGGGGAGGAGGACGAGGACCCAGAAAGCAGCUGGCUGCUGCUCUGUGAGGAGGAUCUGAUCUCCCUGCUGACCCAGUUCCCGUUCCAGCAGCUCUACGCACACAUGCUGGGGAUGAGCCAGCAGGGUGUGUAUGAACCCAAGGCCUGUUCCAGUCAGAAGAUGAUGCGUGUGUUUGCUUUUGCCUCCUCGCUCGUUGAGGUUCUGGCUCUCGGUCUUCAGACCUACAACAGAGCGCGAUACAGACAGCUGGUUAAACGCAUCGGCCACAUCAUACGAAUGACCGUGUGCUAUGUCAGUGACCACUGGGCCCAGUAUAUGAGUGUAACUGGUGGAUCCAGCUCUCAAGCACACUUGUUGUCUUUGGACCAACUGCAGCUGGAAUAUGACAACCUCUUCCUGAGAGCCGUGUUACAUGUACUCAGAAACAAGCGGUUGGGGAUUUGGUUGUUCAUGUCAGAGAUGCCAUACGGGACUCUGUCCAGCUCGAUGCUGUGGAGGGUCCUUUAUGUUAUGCAGUGUGCAGAGACGGCAGAACCGGGAACACUCGGCGCUGCUGCUGACACGCGCUCCUGCAUUCAGGCUCUCAGAGAACCAGAACACCAAGAGAGGUUUGAGCGCUGGCUCUGUGAAGUGAACAGCUCUGAUGGCGUCGCUCUGCUCACCGCACUGGCACACAUGGCCAUGCCCACUCAGCACUCUGACCCCGCCUUCAUCACAGCCAUCACGCUGCUGAUGUACCAGGUGUCUUAUGUCAGUGUGACGACCAGAGAAACGUACUCUAAGGUGGGGAGGGAGUUGUUGGCUGCCAUAGCAACAGCCCAUCCCUAUGUUAUCUCUGUGCUCCUGGAGAGGCUGAGAGAGACCAUCCAAACUGUAGGAAUGGUGGCCCUCUACUUGUGCAAAGAGCUGCCGUUGAGCCUGUGGCGGCCGCGGCCAGAGGAGAUGUGUGUGACCGGAGCCUGGCUGCUCCAACACCCUCUGUCUGCUGUGGAGAACCGGCUGGCUUGCGUCAUUCUGGAGGGCCUCAACUGGGGUUUCACACAGGAUGGCUCCUUGGCCUUGUCGCCGUCGCUCCACAGUGAAGUGGCUCUGCUGGUUGCUGAAGCCUAUCAGAAGUACCUCACUGACAAACCGUACAGUGGCCUCAUAUCAGAGGGAAUCAAACAGGUGCUGCGCCUCUCCUCCUCGCAGGUGUCGAGUACCAUGCAGCAUGGCGUGUGGUUCAUCUCUCGCUCUCUGCCCCUCUCCCUGCAGGUGUCCUACCUGGCCAGUGUCCUCCGUCUGGGCGUUUCUCCUGAAGCAUCCUUUAGCCAAUGGGCUUGGCAAUUGUUGCUAAGGCUGAAACUCCAUGGCAACGCACAGAACCCUAAAGGAGCCUGGUCGGUCCCCGCUUUGGCGUCCAACCCACCUCCAGAGCUUACCCACUCUCCCAGCAUGCACUCUGUUAUCAGGGCGGUAAAAGCAGGCAUCCCUAUUGGAUGCUACCUGUCCAUUGCCAUGACGACAGUGGGCCAUAGUCUUGAACACUUUUGCACUGAUGGAGUCGAGUUGUUGAAGAGUCUCAUCCAAUCUCGCCACCUGAGAGCGGCGGUGCAUCUUCUGGACAACAUCCUCCCCCCGACCUACCCGCUCAGCUUCUACCUGCUGAACAACUCUCAGUUUGUAAGUUGUGUCCAGUUGUUCUUGCAGUACGACAGCGUGUGUCCUCAGGGGGUCACGCAGCAGCUCACGCACCGGGUCGCACCGCUGCUCACAGGAACCAACUACGGAGACGUUGUCCGACAUCUGAACAGUGUCAUCCAGAGCCACGUGGUGGAGAGCUCCCAGCCCGGCCGGGUCGGAGCCGCAGCAGUGCUGGACUUCUGGGUGAGGAUCUUGACUCGGCAGAACCUGUGGUACCGGGACAAAACCGUCCUGUUCCUCAUGGACCAGCUCUGCUGCGCGGCAUUCAAACGCAAUCAGGAGGAAUGUGUGCAGAAACAUCUGUACCAAGAGCACAAGAAUGCCUUGGGUGACCAUGGAGAACGAGGUCUGCUCUCCUCUCUGGUCAGCUGGAUUGCUGGAAACGCCACGCCCUCCUUCAUCGAGGGCCAGUCCCUGAGUGCCGAGGUCUGGUUUGCCUGGCAGGUGCUGAAUAUGGAGGGCGUGUUUGAGGAGGAAUCUCAGCUGAGACGCUGUGUUGAACAGGAGCUCCUGUCCGAGCCCAACGUCUCCCCAGAACAAGCCCUAAAGAAUGCCCAGCAGAGGCUGAAGAUGCCGGUGGCACCAUCUCUGCAGCGACUGCAGGUGUACCGCUGGGCGUGUCAGGCCUUAGCCACGCCUCUAGACCACCCUCUCCUUCCCCUGGUGUGGCAGAAGUUUCUCCAGCUGUACUUCCGACAACCAGGACCUGAGUACGGGCUGGCUGCAGGUGGAUGCAUCGGCAGGAGGUUCUUCCAGGCCUCUUCUCAGGCUGCUUUACUCAGAGACCUGAGACACAGAAUACAGGAGGUGUCUGACUUCCACCAUGCUGCCAGCCAGGCGCUCAGGGUGCCCCCAGCACACACCCCUUCAUCAGACAGCCAGAGCGACGACAGCCCCGAAAACCCCCGCCCCCCUUUCCUCACCUCGCCUCGGCUCCACACGGAGCUGGUCAGGUUGUUUGGUGUAUUUGCCGUAUGGUUGGAUGAUGAGACUCUGCAGAAGCAGGAAGUGUACCUCCCCGCUCUUCCUCCCAAGUAUGAACCACACAGACUGGCACAGGUCAUGCAGCGGCAGCAGGAGCUGUGGCUGGAGUAUUUGGACCAGGAGCGCCUGCUGUAUGACGAGCGAGAGGUCCUGUCUCUGUGGGAGAAGGUGCAGAGUGAGCCGAUCUUCUUGCAAGUUCAACACCCCGGCUUCACUGACUACACCAGCCUCAACAAUGCAAGGGAUCGUAUCCUCUCCAACCUGCAGAAGCAUCCAGUCCCCCGUCCAGCUCCAGAGCUGCGGCAGCGGAAGGCGCCAUUAGCUGAAGUCCCCACCACCUGCCUUACUGACUCUAAAGCUGCUACUGAACUGCUGCAGGCGGACCUGAGCAUCCUGCAGGAGCAGGCCAGGGUUGCAGUUGCACGUGAAGUCCAGCAGGUGGCGAUGGAGCAGGAGCUGCUGGAAAGCCUUCCUCUACUGUACAAGAACCAACCAGAGCAAGUCACCAUGGCCCUGGAGUGUAAAGGGAAGGGUGGGCAGCCGUGCCAGGGACCCGCAAACAUCACUGUCACUUGUGAGUGUGUCCAGAGGCAGGAGGCGGUGCAGACUCAGAUAACGUCACUACGUCGGGAUGUCAAGAAGCUUCAAGCCGACGCCAUGGCUCCUCCCCCUCAAAGCCUGGCCCAGGCUGCUGUCCACACGGAGAACUUCAUUACGGCUCUGGUGAAUAUGCAGAAGGCCCAGAAGUCGUCGGCCGUGCAGCAUGUUGGGGUGUCUGCCUUCUACCAGGUGGUCUCCUUUGUGUGUGAAGACACACUGCGGCAUCCCCCAACACGGCAGUACCUGUCAUCGUGUGUGGAGAUACUGGGACAGGUGUUCAUCCAGGGAAAUGCAGAGGAGUGUGGUCGUGUCCUGGAGACGAUCCUGGAGCAGAGGCAUCUCUGCUCACUCCUUUCCCCCUUCUUCACGCCCAAUGCAGCACCCGGUCAGCUCGUCUUUCUCUACCAAGACGUCGUGACGUCGUUACACCUGGACAGUGCUGAUGUCAUCUUCAUGCUGCUCACCAAGUUUGACUUGUCUCAGUGGCUGAGUGAAGCCCACCCCGUGUUUGCUGAGCGGACCCGUUUGCUGGAGCUGGUCCACGGAGCGCUCUGCGUCUGCGGCCGAGACCCCGAGCCAGAACUCCUCACGCCGUCUCACCUGUUCACCAAACACUGGACCUGGAUUCUACGCCACCGCUUUCCCGAUCACUACAGUGACUGUCUGCGUCUGCUUAUGACCAGCUCCUCCGACCAGUUGCUGAAUCCUGAUUGCUGGAAGGUGACUCUGCGGCUGCUGGGCUGCUCACCUCCAUCCCAUAAUACGAAAAGCAAAACUGAACUCGACGCCCGUGACAUCGCUGGCCGUGCCGUCGCCUCCCGAGCUUCUUCCCACAGGCCCUCCAUCGGCCUCUCCCCUCAGCAGGUGGAUGAGACGGUCAUCUGGCUGAGUGACUACUUCCUGCGGAGUCGUCUCAGUAAGCCAGACCUCCGUAGUUUCGGCCUCUACUCGGCCUGGACUCCCUACAUCGGGGAGGUGGUUUCCUUCUGGGAGCAUCUGGCUGGUCGUCUCAUCGACCUGCAGCUCGGCGGCGGCGCCAGAGAGCCGGUGGGCAGCGGCAAGAUUAUGAAAGCUCUGCAGGACAUCCACAGUAAGAUUGAGAAGUUAUUUACGCCGUGGAUCUUUCCUCUGGACACCGAUGAUGGCGGGCUCCGGUGUUUCCCCUGGCUGGAGGCCGACGCCGGUGCAGCCGGACGUCUGGUCGGCCUGUACGCUCACCUCACCGCCGCGCUGCAUCUCAGGUUCAGAGACCGCGUGCUCCCCGGCCAGAGAGGCGCCCUGUGGCUGUGCGUGAUGCACUACUGUGAGAGCUGCACCUCUCCCCACACACCCGAGCACCUGCUCUACCUGUACCACACGCACCUCCGCCGCCUGCCGUGGAGACAGCUGCACCCGGACACUCAGCUGAUGGAGCAGCUAUUCAAUGUGGAGAGAGGAAGUCCCAAGAGCUGUUUCCUCUUUCUGGGAGAAGUGUUGUGCAAAGUCAACUGGGUCAGCGUCCUAAGUGACCACUUGCAAACUCCUCCCACCCUGACGGCAUAUCCCACUCUCCAGGACGCGGGUGCUCAGAAGGAGUCACACACCAUGUUGGUCUAUCUUCUAUACAUGCUAGUUUUUCUGGCAAAGGAGGAACAAAUCCUGAGUCAGCCGGACUCCCCUCUGCUCAGUCUAUUGGUCCAAUCCACCUCCCUGCCCUGGCACCAGUUGGACCUGUCCUCAUACCAGGGCAUUCUGGGAUAUGUCGGCGCCCACUACCCGCCCUCCUUGCUGCUCAGUGCUGAUUCUGCGCUUCAGCUGCUGUUGAAAUGUCUGCGUCGUGCUGCUGGGCUCCAGCCCCUCCCUCAAGAAGUUCCACACAGGGAGGAGACGCUGAAGGCCGCAGUGCAUGUGUGCUGGUGCGUGCGGUCGCUGGCGGCCCUGGAGCAGAGCGGCGGCAUCGGCCUCAGCGGCCUGGAGGCUCAGCUGGAGUCUCUUCUGGAGAGCGUCGUCACCUUCAACCCUCCAGAGACGGGUUUGGAGCAGAGGCACAUGGCCUUCUGCCGGCUGUUCGGCGACGCUCUGGCUCUGCUGAACGGGGUCGGCGUCUCGACGGGCGAGGCGCUCGCCGCUCGUGUCGUUGCGUGGCUCGACAGGAAGGGGAGGGGCUUCCCUAUUCUGCCUCUCCUCACCGCCUGCUCCCGCUGUCUCGCGUCGGUGCGGCACAUGACGAGGAUCAUGGAGGCGUGCAUCACAGCGUACUUCAACCACGCGGGGGAGGAGUCUGUAGGUUGGGGUCCGGUGUUGGCAUCGCUGCAGGUGCCUGAGCUCACAGUAGACGACUUCCUUUCCGAGAGCCAAUCAGGGGGCAGCUUCCUGACGCUCUACGCCUUCAUCCUGCAGCGUCUCAACUCUGAAUACACAGCAGCCAAUGAGAGGAGGACUCUGGGUUUAAUUAACACAUGGACCAAUCAAGUGUUCCCCAGUGGUCCGGGGGAUGAAGCCAAGCUGUUUCUUUGGUGGCACAAGGCGUUGAGUCUGUCGGCGGAGCAUCUGAAGCCGCAGGCCGGGCCGACUGACGUGUCCGGAGUCGUCAUGGGUCUGUUGAGGUUGCAAACCCGGCUGCUUCAGCUGGGAGAAGAACGACUGAACUCUGGGUUGUUGGGAGCAAUCGGCCUGGGGAAGAGGUCUCCGGUUUCUAAUCGAUUCAGGGUGGUUGUCCGCAGUCUGGGAGCAUUCAUGUCGGUCCAGAUGCCAUCAGAGAGCGAGCUCCGCCUCCAGCCCAGCAGCGACUUGCAGCUCUCUGAGAAAGCACAGCAAAUGUUGGGGGUGUUGGAGGCCAUGCCCAGCAAUAAGCAGUACGCCGAGUUGGGGGAAUCUGUGAAUAAAGCCGUCCAGUUCAUCCGCUACCCAGGACACUGCCUGGGAGACGGACCGCGGCUGCUGGCCCUGCUCGCCAACCUCCUGUACCCUGACCUCAGAUACCUGCACAUCAUCCGUUAGCCGGGCCUCGACACUGCUGCAGACCCAAGUGGACAUUUGUCUUGUCUUCUCAUACAGUUGACCUCAGUUGACCUCUGAACGUCUUCGAGCAGUAACAUUGACAUUGCUUUUAUAUCGGCGACAUGUCUCAUCCGCGAGGUCUUUGUGACGGACGCCGGCGGUUCAUCAGAGCUCGAUGAGCAUUUUGUAAAAAAAAUACUUUGACUGGUAAUCUUCAGUGAAGGCUCAUAAAACCAGUCAGCCAUAAGAAAUGCUAUGUGCUAAUCUGUACUCGCACUUUGCGUUCUCCUCUCAUGCCUGGUGGCUCUAUAGAACUGGCCUGUUGCUCUUCCACCCUUCUGUUCUCUUCUCGAUUUGAGAGAAAGUUGCACAUAUUUAUUGAAGCCGAAUUGAAUACUGGGCUGUUGAUGCUAGCAUCGAGCUACAAUCUCUCAUUGGCAGAUGCUGUACACACCCAGAUGAAUAGGAGAGCUGCUUGUAUGAAGGAACAGAACAUUCGUGUCAUUAUUGUGUUUAUGUUCCGCCUAAAGUGCUUUCCUUGUUCCUGCCAAAGAGAUGUUAUUUUAAUUUGCUCAGCUCCGUAAACCUUCUUGUAAGCUGCA